CUCAACAAUUUGAUUCAAUGGAGUUUUUCCUCAGAGCUCAAUUUUUGAUUCCCUUGAUUUCGGUGCUUGCUCUUUUCCCUCUUUCCGAAUCCAACAAUAACCAGUUUUGUGAUGCCACAAAUAUUUAUGGAAAUUCUGGGUGCGAUGUUAUGUCGUCAGUUUCAUCAAAGAUACUGAUAAAAGGAGGAACUGUAGUGAAUGCUCAUCAUAAGGAGGUUGCUGAUGUGUAUAUAGAAGAUGGAACAAUUGUGGCGGUGCAGCCUAACAUUAAGGUUGGUGACGAUAUCAAAGUCAUUGAUGCAACUGGAAAGUUUGUCAUGCCAGGAGGAAUUGAUCCUCAUACUCACCUUGCUAUGGAAUUUAUGGGAUCCGAGACAAUUGAUGACUUCUUCAGUGGACAGGCGGCUGCAUUAGCUGGUGGAACAACAAUGCAUAUUGACUUUGUUAUUCCGGUAGAUGGAAGCUUAUCUGCAGGUUAUGAAGCUUAUGUAGAGAAAGCUAAGAGGUCAUGCAUGGAUUAUGGGUUUCACAUGGCAAUUACAAAAUGGAAUGAAACUGUUUCAGAGGAGAUGGAAAUUAUGGUCAAGGAGAAAGGUAUCAACUCUUUCAAAUUUUUCCUUGCCUACAAAGGCUCCUUCAUGGUUAAUGAUGAGCUUCUGAUGGAGGGAUUGAAGAAGUGCAAGUCCCUUGGUGCUUUAGCUAUGGUUCAUGCAGAAAAUGGGGAUGCUGUAUUUGAAGGUCAAAAAAGAAUGAUCGAACUUGGUAUUACUGGUCCUGAGGGACAUGCACUAUCAAGGCCUCCAGUGCUGGAGGGAGAGGCUACUGCUCGAGCUAUUCGUUUGGCUAGCUUUGUGAACACUCCAUUGUAUGUUGUUCAUGUCAUGAGUAUUAAUGCGAUGGAAGAAAUUGCCAGAGCUCGGAAGUCAGGUCAAAGAGUUGUUGGGGAGCCAGUCGUUUCAGGUUUACUUCUUAAUGAUUCAGUACUUUGGGACCCUGACUUCCAUUUUGCAGCAAGGUAUGUCAUGAGCCCACCAAUCAGAGCAGCAGGUCAUGGAACAGCUCUUCAAGCAGCUCUUGCUGCAGGGGUUCUGCAGCUGGUAGGAACUGAUCACUGUACCUUCAACUCAACUCAGAAAGCCCUAGGAAUUGGUGAUUUCCGGAAAAUACCAAAUGGUGUUAAUGGUAUGGAGGAGAGAAUGCAUUUGGUUUGGGAUACAAUGGUGGCAUCUGGUCAGAUAUCUGUCACCGAUUAUGUUCGCAUAACAAGCACAGAAUGUGCUCGGAUUUUCAAUAUCUAUCCAAGGAAGGGAGCAAUACUUGUUGGGUCUGAUGCAGAUAUAAUCAUUUUAAAUCCCAAUUCAAGCUUCAAGAUUAGUUCAAAGUCACACCAUUAUAGGACAGAUACCAAUGUCUAUGAGGGUUGGACAGGCAAGGGAAAGGUUGAAACUACAAUUGCAGGAGGAAGGGUUGUUUGGGAAAAUGAUGAGCUGAAAGUCAUCCCUGGUGCUGGCAAGUACAUUGAAAUGCCACCUUUCAGUUAUCUUUUUGACGGGAUAGACAAGGCAGAUGCAAAGUACCUCUCUUCCUUGAGAGCACCCGUAAAACGGUCAACGACUUGAUUUGGCAAAUUCACUUUUCAUUAUGAGGAACAGAAAGUCUCUCUCUAUUUACUUGUAAAUACAGAAUAUCCUUAAGGACAUUCAAACUCUUGCAGUUGCAGACAGGCCCUUGGGCAUAUACUGUUAUUUUAUAAAACUUAUGUUUAUUC